AUGGCCGAACCCCGCCAAGGUUCUUACAAGAUCCUUGUGCAAAGCUACGAAGACGCGCUAGAUACCCUGCUCGAACAAGGUGUCUAUAAGCCAGUUUUUCUCUACCAUAUUGUGAUCUUCAACAUCCUGCCUCUCAUUGGCUUGGUCAUACCGCGCCGCGGAGCUACUCGAUAUGUUCGCCCUGGGAUAUUCGCCCUCAGCUUGGGCAUUGCAGUCGAGGUGCUCAGUCGCCGUCGAGCGUUUCUGGGUGGGAAUGGGUAUAUGAUUGGUUUGAUGACGGCGUGGUGGCUUCUGUGGAGUGCCGUGCUCUUCGUGUUUUCGGACAUUGAGAAUGACUUUCGACGCAUUGAACGAGGAGAUCUCGCUGGUGAAUCGAUAUGUGAUGAUGCAGCCGGUGGAGGUGCUUCGCAAAGCAAAUCACUCGACAGAAAAGGCAAUCCAGUCAUUUCCAGCUCCACGAUCUCUCCUAUACCAAACAGACAGGCCAUCCGUACGGCUUGUGCCGACAACCACGGACUUGAGAAAUUCCACUGGCAAACUUAUCCUCGAAAACUGACGCACCGCUUUGAAUGGUGUGCAGGGCUGUUGUUCAAUCUCAGAGGACCCGAAUGGAAUUGGCGUGCGCCACACCUAGGCCCUCUGCCUCGAUCCGUUCACACGCAAUUGCAUGCAGGGUUUCAAGGUGAUAGGUUCAAGGCGCACGAUGAUGCUACGUACACCACUGCAAAGAACCGUCUCCGAGCCGCCCUCUGGAAAUUCCUCCAGGGAUACCUUUUGCUAGACUGUCUUAAGGUUGUCAUGAUGCGAGAUCCAUACUUUCGGGGCAUCUUUACGAAUGAGAUGCCACCUCCAUUCCCGUUUUCUUACGUUGCAUCUAUUCCACUCUUCAUACGUUUCUACCAUUGCUUUAUCAGCUGUAUGGGUGUCUAUGUUGCACUCGAAUUUGUCACGUCCCUCAAUCCUAUAUGUUUCCUGGGAUUGUCCAUGGCUUUCUCCAAUGCCGCUCGCAAGCUGACAGGAGCGCCACUUGAUGCAUCUUGGCUAUAUGCGGAUAGCUUUGGGCCAUUCAUCACCUCCGUUCUCGAUCACGGGCUAGCCGGAUGCUGGGGUCGAUGGUGGCACCAGCUCUUUCGCCAAGGCUUCACUGCAACAGCGCAUUGGAUUCUGUCCUUGCUUCCGACUAGGUGGUCGGCCGACACUCGAGUCAAACGGAUCACGCAUGUCCUGGUUGCCUUUGCAAUCAGCGGAUUCAUACAUGCCUCUGGCAGCCACACGCAGUUCGCAAACACAUAUCCUUUAUCUGGGCCAUUCUUGUUCUUUUCCCUUCAAGGCCUUGCGAUCAUGCUGGAGAAUAUUUUCAAGACAGUCAUCUUCCCCAGACUGCCCCUUGCAGAUACCCCGCGGUGGGUACGCCGGACUGCAAACGCAGUAUUUGUGUUCUGCUGGCUGUUCUACUCAGGGGCCUUCAUUGCAGAUGACUUUGCCCGCGGUGGAUUGUGGCUGAUGGAGCCGGUGCCUAUCAGCCCGAUUCGUGGGCUAGGGCUUGCAUAUGAUAAAGGAUGGUGGUGCUGGGACAAGCCGUGGUUCCAUUAUUGGAGCGAUGGGACAUACUGGGGCAGCGGGAUACGGGUCAUCUAA